GGUAAGCUUCAUUUUAAAACUCAGUAAUAGACUUCUUUUUUUCUUCGCUCUCUCUUAUUGCAUUAUUGCAGCAGCAGCCACUCUUGUUGUCUCCACUUUCUAUCACUAAACCCAUCCGUUCUCUUUCUCACUUGUCAAUUUUUUUUUGCAUAUGUCAUUCUUCUCUUUUUAAGUUUCUUCUACUGACCACUGGUAGGUGUAUGGAUUUGUGAGUGAAGAAGAAGAAGAAGAAGAAUCUUUAAAUGGAUUGGAACUUCAAACCCAGCUCCGGUUAUUUCUCCGAGUUCGACCAAGAAUCUGUACCGGAUAUAACCCCAACCGAUGCAUCGAUCUCGUUUGGUGGGUCAUCCUCACCACCAAAAGGAGAUUUCUCAUUUGAUCUGAAACUUGGAAGAAACAUCGGAAACUCCUCUGCUUUUGGUAAUACAGAGCAAGUGAUAAGUCUUGGUAAGUUGAAAGAGAGCGCACCAGAGGCUUCAAGAAGCUCCUCUGGUUCGUCCAAGAGGACAAGAGGGAACAACCAGAUCCCGGUUUGUCUGGUUGAUGGAUGUGAUUCUGAUUUUAGUAACUGUAGAGAAUAUCAUAAAAGACAUAAGGUCUGUGAUGUACAUUCGAAAACUCCUGUGGUUACAAUCAAUGGCCAUAAACAGAGGUUUUGUCAACAAUGCAGCAGGUUUCAUGGUUUGGAAGAGUUUGAUGAAGGAAAGAAAAGUUGUAGGAAACGUCUUGAUGGACACAAUAGAAGAAGACGGAAGCCUCAGCCAGACCAUAUCGGUCGUCAUGCAACUUUCUUCCAAGGUAGCAAAUUGCUGGAUUUUUCUAGCUCUCCACAUAUGUUCCCAACUACAACAUCUGUUGGUAGUCCGAGCUGGGGAAACGGUCUUGUAAGCGUAGAUAUGGCCAAUGGUUCAAGUUACGGGCAGAACCAGAGCUAUGCUGGUUCUUGUCCUGCAAAGACAGACAUUAUGUUCCCAGUAUCUUCUUCUCCAAUCAGUAGAGGGAAACAGUUCCCUUUCUUGCAAGAAGAAGAAGACUGCUCGAGAAUGACGAGUUGCGUCCAUGACUCUGAUUGCGCUCUCUCUCUUCUGUCAUCAUCUUCCUCGUCAGUCCCUCAUUUGCUUCAGCCACCACUUUCUUUGUCCCAAGAAGCAGUAGAGACGGUUUUUUAUGGGUCCGGAUUGUUUGAGAAUGCGAGUGCAGUCUCUGAUGGAUCCGGUAAUGAGGCUGUGGCUCUUCCACAGACGUUCCCGUUUCACUGGGAAUAGUAGUAGUAGUAGUAGGCAGAUAGAAUCAGAAUUGUAUGUCUGCUUCUCUUUCUCUAUUCUCUUCUCUUUCUCUCUUAUUUUUUCAAAGUUUUGUAAUUUAUAAGCAGUACGCUAUUGCAGCAUGACUCAAGUUUCAUCAAGUACGUUUAAAACACAACUUUACUUAA